AUGAACUCCAGAUCGACCAAACAAUCAACACUGAUCCCGGAUGACUUGGCCAAGUAUGGAUGGGUCGAUGCAGACUUUAGUAGCAAGGAGCAACAGGAACGCCGCAAACAUAUAGACCCCGUUUACAAGAAACUCGGGAUCAAGGAAGCCGACGAAGUUCCCGUGGGCUACCUGCACCAGGCCACCAAGGGAUCGUUCGAGAGCCUCUUCGACAAGGACCACAUCGUGGCGUGCCACAGUGAAUCGGCGGCCACAAUGACAGGGCCGGGAGGGAAGAAGAUCAAGACACCAGCGCUGAACAAAUGGUCUGACCUCACGGCUCUUGUAUGGCAAAAGAAGUAUGGGCACGGGUCUGGGGAGAAGCUGAAGUACAUCGCACGGUCCCUGGUCUGGAAUUUGAACACCUGCGCGAUGGUCGCCAAAGCCAUGAAAGCUGCCGGCAAAAAAGAGCUUCCCAUCUGGCCGGGUGUCGAUUUCGAAUACAGCACCGGAGGCUCGGACGACCUCCUCGCCCCUUUCUGGGGCCUUCUCGGCACGUACCAUGCUGCGGGCCCUGCUUAUAUGUUGGCUCAGAAUAGGAAGGUUUUUGGCCAUAAAGUGAUCCCUAAGAUCAAGGUCUGGAACGAGGCUAAGAAAGGCUGGCCUGUGUCCGAGGAGUCCGAGGACCUGUACGCAAUGUCAAUGAGCAUGCUCAUUUACGUCGAGGAUGCUUGA